AUUUUACAAAGUUAUCUGAAUAUAGUUCCAAAAGAUAUAGCUAAUACAAUAGGUUCUCGGGGAUUUUUUAAUGAUGUUGAAUAUUUAUUACGGAUUAUAUAUCCUGCAAAAGAAGCAAUUACAGCUGUUGAAUCUAAAUCAACUACUUUGGCAGAUGUUUAUAUUAAAUUGGUUCAAUUAGCAUCUGCAAUACAUUGUAUUCCACUAGAAACUGAUCAUAUUGAGUUUCGAAAAAUUUGCAUUCAAAUUUACAACCGUAGAUGGGAUGAAUUUGACUUUGAAAUUUUUAAAUUAGGAUACUUUUUUCAUCCUAAAUAUCGUGUAAUAGUAAAAGCUGCUAUCAAUAUAUGGAAAUCAUUAGGUGGUGGAGACAAAUCAGCUGAA